CGGCCGACCUGUCUAAAAUUGGGCUUGUUCAAAUCCUGCCUCAAAUCCUGCCAAAGCGUGAGUUAUAUACAUAUACAUUGACACUGAAUCAUUCCAUCCAGGGCCGGUUGGCUGGAUCCAAAAUCAGUCGUUACCUAUUUUUGGCAAUCUUAAACUUAUUGAUUUUUUUUUUCUGACGUUUCACAAAUCAUCAUCAUAUGUGAAAAACCAAAACAUCUAUAUUAAGAAGAAAAAAAAUAUUGUUACAAUUUCUGAAAAUAUUUGGUUCAUUUAGUCCUUAAAAAUUCUAAUUACCAAAAAAGACAAAUAUAUAACAAUUGAAACACAUGUGUGUUAUCAGGAGAAUUUGUAUGUUUUGAGGAGGUGUGCAUCAUCCGUCUAUCAAUACCCUGACAAGGAAAACCCUAAUUUUUUUUGGCCCAAAGGGUUUUAUACUUUAAUCUCAUACUCCGAUUCAUUGUCGAAAAACGAUGAUGCAUAAUUCAACCGAAGAAUCGGAAUGGGAGGUGAGACCUGGUGGUAUGCUCGUCCAACGAAGAGACGACGCCGCUUCCUCCGACCACAAACCUCUCCAGGAUCCCGACUCUGCUUCCGCCGCUUUUGCUCAAACCAUCAGAAUCACUGUUUCUCAUGGCUCAUCGCACCACGAUCUUCAUAUUUCUGCUCACGCCACUUUCGGGGAUGUGAAGAAAGCUCUUGUUCAGAAAACUGGAUUGGAAGCUAGUGAAUUGAAGAUCUUGUUCAGAGGAGUUGAGAGAGAUGAUGCUGAACAAUUGCAAGCUGCUGGUGUUAAGGAUGCGUCUAAGCUUGUUGUUGUUGUUGAGGAUACGAAUAAGAGAGUGGAACAACAGCCUCCUGUGGUAACUAAAGAGAUGGAAAAAGCUAUUGCUGCUGUUAACGCGGUUACAGGAGAGGUCGAUAAGCUCUCGGAUAGAGUUGUUGCUUUAGAAGUUGCUGUGAAUGGAGGGACGCAAGUUGCGGUGCGGGAGUUUGACAUGGCUGCAGAGCUUCUUAUGAGGCAGCUGCUCAAAUUGGAUGGCAUUGAGGCUGAAGGGGACGCUAAAGUACAGCGUAAGGCUGAGGUACGUAGAAUCCAAAACUUGCAGGAGGCUGUGGAUAAGUUGAAGGCAAGAUGUUCAAAUCCGUUUGUGGAUCAGAGCAAAGCUGCAGCUGUAAGCACUGAGUGGGAAUCGUUCGGAAACGGUGUCGGAAGCUUGAACCCUCCUCCGCCAGCUUCGCCUUCGGCCAAUGUAACUCAAGAUUGGGAGAAAUUUGACUGACAUUUUAGUACUGCUACGUUGCCUUGGAAAAAAAUGCUUAUUGAAACUGUUUAUCUUUUUGAUUAUUGUUAAAUAUUGGAAAACGACCAUCGUCUUUAUCUUCUAAUGUAUAGAUAUAUUAUAUAUAGUAUCGGAAAUCUACAUCUCUGUACGUUAUGUUGGAAUAAUCCCUGGGAAUAGUCUUUGAUGUCUCUCAGUCUCUGUCGUGCCUAAUUGGCUUAUGUCGUAGUACUAAAGAUUAUGGCUACGAGUUUUGGAGAC